UAACGAUGGACGUUAUUUGUUUAACACGGAGAAAAAAACGUUGUAUAGUGUUGAAUAAUUUUAAAUUUCGAGAGUAUAGGAAAUUAAAAAAUGGAAAUUUCAAUUUUCGGUGCACUAAUAAACUUUGUAAUGCUAGUGUAAUUGUAAGCAAUAAUAGUGACCAAAUUGUUGAUAAAUCUAAAAGUUCGAAGCAUAACCAUGAGGUAUAUUCAGAUCAAAUUAUAUCUAGAGAAAUUGUAAGGAGCUCAUUGAAAAGAAAGGCAGAAAAUGAUCUAUAUACUCGUCCAAACAAAUUAAUACGCCAAGAGUUAAAAAAUAGUGAUGUUGCUGAGAACAUGGAACAUAGUGAUUUGAAGCUGAUACGUCGUUCAAUAUAUGAUGUACGAAAAAAACACUUUCCCACGCUACCAUCAAACUAUGAAGAGUCUUUAAAUCAACUUUUAGAAAUGAAACAAACGUUGUUGUAUAAAGGUAAUCAAUUUUGUUUUUCAAGCUAUGAUAAUUCUGUUAUUUUAUUUACUUGUAAAAAUAACUUGGAAGUGCUUUGUAAUAAUGAACACGUGUUUGGUGAUGGAACUUUUACGUAUACACCAAAACAUUUCAUGCAAUUGUAUACAAUUCAUGCUUAUACAAAUUAUUAUUAUUUACCAGUACCUAGUAUACUGUUUUUUAAAAAAUAAACAUGCAUCAACAUAUGUGUCUAUGUGGAAAACCAUAAUGAACUUGGCAAUGCAGUUAGUAGGAAAACACUUAAGUGUAAGAAUAUUUCAUGCAGAUUUUGAAAAAGCUGCACACAAUGCUCUUCUUCAGAGUUUUCCGCAGUGUAAAAUAGUUUGCUGUAAAUUCCAAUUAGAACAAAUUUGGUUCAGGCCUUUGCAGAAAAAUAAAAGUUUUUUUAAAGAAUACUCAAAAAAUAAUUCUGAAGUUGGAAGGUGGCUUAAAUAUUUUUUCGGUUUACCUUAUUUAGACCCUAAUGACGUUUCGGACGCAUUUACUGAAAUAAUUUCAAUAGCUCCAUGUAACAUUAGUAUGGAUUUUCCAGACUAUAUAUUAAAAAAUUAUAUUGAUGUUGAUGCUGAUUUUGAGCCAGAAUUAUGGGCUAGUGAACCAGACAAUAACCCAAGAACAACGAAUGGAGCUGAAAUCUUUCACAUACAUUUCAAUAGUCAAUUUUAUACCCCCCACCCACAUAUUCACCAAAUUAUUCAAAUACUUAUGGAAAUUCAAGUCGAUACUGAUUUAAAAAUUAAUUCA